CGCCCUUCCGCGCAUGUGCGCUGGUCCUUUGUGACUCAGCAUUAACUGACGCCAUAACGCUUCGAUGUGACGGUUCUUAGAACUGUUUCUUUAUCAAGACGACAUCGACACUGGGUGACGUUCUGUGACACACAGAUCUAGGUACGCAUAUUGAGAAAUGUCUACGCUGAAACCUGUACAACAGAUCGGACUGACAGUAGAAGGCCCUCCAGAUGACCACACUACUAGGGCCUCCUCAGUUACACACAAUCCUCCAGUGGACAACGGCGAUGAUGAUGAUGACGACGAGCCCUCAGUACUUGAGGCUCUCUCUGAUGAUCAACUAGCCAGGAGGCCGUCUUUCAAGAAGAUAUUGGACGACCUGUCAUCAGCAGGAGCUACUUUACAGAAGGCUAAUGUGUCUGCUGACCCCCUUAAUGCUGCUGCAGUGGCCACUCUACAAGCACAGGCUGCUCUCCAACAAGCUGCCUCGUCUGGUGGCAUGACCAACCCGGCUGUGUUCUCUGGAAUUUUUCAAGGGAUUCAUGCUAACCAGGGUGAAGGGACGCCUACUUCUUCUGCAACCAAUGGAGAUUCACAACCACAGCUUUCAAUGUUGUUACCGACACAACAACAAUUGCAGACUGCGAUACUAAAUGCUUCUUCUGGAGUUGUCCAAUCACUAGCUAACCAAGCGAACAUUCCAGCAAGCCUACUGUCUUCUGCCCUCAUUAAUGCCAACAUGGCUGCCACACUAAGCGCAACUGGUGGCGUCAUGAAUCCUGGGUCUACUACAAUGUUGAGUUCACUAACAACUGCUGCACGUCAAAAUACCCCUGUCAUAGUUCAAGAUGAGGGCAUCAAGAAGAGAGAUGUCAGACUCAUGAAAAAUAGAGAAGCUGCUCGUGAAUGCCGUCGAAAGAAGAAGGAAUAUGUACGCUGUCUUGAAAACAGAGUUGCUGUCCUGGAAAGUCAGAAUCAAGCUUUGAUCGGUGAACUAAGGGCGUUGAAAGAGUUGUAUUUGCCAAAGAGUCAAGACUAAAAAAACGUUCAUGGGCAUAAUUGAUUGUUACCCCGCUUUCUCUGUUAAUGUUCAUGCAUGCAUGUAUACAUGAUUAGCAUUUUUAGUCACGUUGUUAUAAUAGUCUCAUUAUCUUUUUCAAGUUUUGCUUCACAAUAAAUUAAUAGUUAUGGUGUGAAUAAG